GAAGAAGAUUGUUUUAUUGAUUUUGUUCCAGACCAGACUGGGCUUCAGUUGUCAGAUCUGGAGCUGGUGGUGUAUCUGGCACAGGAGCAGAAUUGUUCCUAGAUCAAAAUGAAGACAGUAGAUCUGAAGGUUGCAGUCCAGGAGCUGAGAAAGGAGGCAGUGCUCUUGGGAGAAGCAGCAGAGGCCCCAGGCUUCCAGCUGAAGCCAGCAGAGUCCCAGCCAGUGGGCAUGUCCCUGGAGGAAGAAGUUUGGAAUAUACACCAGGGUCUACAAGAACCACUGAGCAGGAAUACCCACAAAGAACCUGAGCCCGUAUGUGAGAGGGUGGUACCUACCUACCAGAUCCUAGCCGGUCCUGAGGAAACAAACACCAAAGACUGGACAGUGGCACCUGAGUUCAUCUUGCCUGAGUCCCAGGGUUUGUUGACAUUUGAGGAAGUGGCCAUAUACUUUUCCCAGGAAGAAUGGGAACUACUGAAUCCCACUCAGAAGGCCCUCUACAAUGACGUAAUGCAUGAGAACUAUGAGACUGUCAUCUCUCUAGCAUUAUUUGUGCUCCCCAAACCUAAAGUGAUCUCCUAUUUAGAGCAAGGGGAAGAGCCAUAUAUUCAAGGAUCUCCAAUGUUCAAAGACAAUCCUGGAGAGCUGCUUUCAGAGAUAAAGCUGAAAAAUGACAUGGAAAAUCAUCGACUCAUGUGUCUUUCUGACUUAGAAAUACAAGCACCGGGAGACAUAGUAUCAAAAAAAGCCAGUGUGAAUGUUCAUCAGAAAACAACGGGCAAAGAAAAUCAUGGUGAUGUGCAUAGGCUGGGGAAAUGGCACCAAGAUUUCCCAGUGAAGGAAAGAAAUAAACUUUCCAACUGGUGGGAGGAAGAGCUGCUGAAACUUAUGGAGCUUCAUAAGAAAGAACGUGCAGCAGAGAAGCCUUUUAAAUGUCAGGAAUGUGGGAAAAGCUUCAGAGUUAGUUCUGACCUUAUUAAGCACCAAAGAAUUCACACUGAGGAGAAACCAUAUAAAUGUCAGCAGUGUGAUAAGAGGUUUAGAUGGAGGUCAGAUCUUAAUAAGCACUUAACCACACACCAAGGAGUAAAACCAUAUAAAUGCUCCUGGUGUGGGAAAAGCUUCAGUCAAAAUUCACAUCUCCACACACAUCAAAGAAUUCACACAGGAGAGAAGCCCUUUACAUGUCAUGAAUGUGGAAAAAAAUUCAGUCAAAAUUCCCACCUUAUUAAACACCGGAGAACCCAUCUAUAACACAUGCAAGCAUCAGUGAAUGCUCAAAACUUUGACACCAGGAUUGACACCAAUGAAGAAAAGCUUAUCCAGUGUUCUUAGUCUAAAAACUUUACCAACCAGAGUUUAACCCUAAAGUUUAUGAAAAAUUUCAAAAUUAAGAAGCAUGAAGAAUUUUUUACCAGUGGAAAAUUUGGUGAUAUAAACAUCAUGUUUCACAGAAAGAAGUUAGGGUUGACUGUGAGAGGAAACAGUAGUAGUUAGUUGUAGUACUUACUGUUUUUACACAGAACUAUCACUGAAUUCCUUAGGAAAAUAGGUGUUCUAAGAACCCGAGUAAGGGAAAAAGCUUUUGGGAUUGUAGCUGACAGAAUAGCAACACCAGCUUCAAAUAGCAGAUGCAGUCAUGAUCACUAGUCUUCUGUGGUCACAGAGGUAAAUAUUGUUUUUCAUUGAUCUUCCAGCCACUGUUUAGCACAUAUGAUAGAAACAUUUGUAGCAUAGUUUUCCAAAAUAAAAAGCAGUAAUAUACGUGUUUGAUUACAUACAUUGUCUUUCAGGUAGCCGACUUAGCAGUUUCAAUAGUCUUUUGGGACAGAAAUGAAUUUUAACAUGAAGUUUUCCAGAAACCAAGUUGAAUUUUCUUACUCUUGUCAUUGGACAGUGUUUGCAAAAUUGACAUGGUUUUGACUUCCUUUAUGAAUUUUUAUUUCUAUACCUCUGGAAUCCUUUUAGCACAAUUUUUACUGUGAUGAAAUAAUUUACUUUAUUGGUGGAGAAUCUGCCAGGUGAACUGAUGCACCAUCAUACCUCUCAUUGGUGAUGUUUGAAAAAAGGAGAAUAUCUCUAAUGAGGUCAUGUGGACAUGAAUUGGAAUUUUUACCAUUCAGUCUAUAUUAGAUGGCAGGCUAUAGUGCAUGGGGUUGCAAAGAGUUGGACACGACUUAGCAACUAAACAACAACAACAUAAUAGAUGUAAAGAAUUUUCUAUAAUAAACUAGACUCCUUACCUCACAAUGCCAAUAGGAUAAAAGAGCCAUGAACAUGAGUACUUUUCUGAGGCCUAAAUGGAUAUUAAUGGGAAUUCAGGAACAAUUUCUCAGUUUUUUGUCUGUUUGCUUUUUAAUUUGGCUUUUGUUUGUUAUUAAGAACAAGGAGAGGGUUAUGCUUGUCUGGGAACUGGAGUGUGUGCAGUAGGGAGGAUCCUGUGGGUCACUGGGCAUGGUGCUCUGUGAAUCCAGGGAGCAGGAGACCAAGUUCAAAGGUUUGGGAGCUGAUGCUAAGUGGUAGAUGAAGGUGGGUGAACCUGCACCUCCCUUGGCUGACAAUAAACUGUUAAACACA